AUGGGUUUAAGAGAGCACAUAAAUAAAGCACAGUUGGAGCAGCCGAUGACGAAGAUGACGCAAUUAAAGAUGAAUAACAUUAAUGACUCGCCACAGAAUUCUACAAUAUUGCCACGACGAAGCAUAUCCUGUCCCAAUCUGCAUUCAAGUCCCAAGGAGAAUCGAACAAAACAAGACAACUUAACUAAAUCAAGAUCGGCCGUAUUCUUUGAAGAGAAACGAUGUCCUAACUACUUCCGACCUAUACAGCAUUGCUUACGUUCCAAUAGUACACCAUUCACUGAAGUUGAACAACAACAACCUUCCAACAGAAUUGGAAGCGAUCCAUUAGAAGCCUUGAUGAUGAGUGCUUGCCCUUGUCCGUGCCCGUGCCCAUGCCCAAGUGCAUCGCCUUGUUGUGCGGGCAACUGCCUGCCGCCUCCCUGUAAUGUUCCAGCAAAAUGUAUACAGUAUAUGACGGGCUACUACUAUUAUCCUUAUGGAACUUGGUUUUGCGGACCUUACCAUGUAUCUACUGGACCUUGCGGGCCUUGCAAUGGGCCUGUUCAACCAGGUGGUCCAUGUGGACCAACGGCGUGUGUCCCACCAUGUGGACCUUGUGGCCCUAGUGGACCACUCUGCAGCCCUUGCGGUCCUUGUGGACCUUGUGGACCAUGCGGACCAUGCGGACCUUGCGGGCCUUGCGGACCUUGCGGACCUUGCGGACCUUGCGGACCAUGUGGACCUUGCGGACCAUGCGGACCUUGUGGUCCUUGUGGACCUCUAUGCUGUCUUGUACCUGAAUUAAUGGACAUCUGUGGAGCGUGUGGACCCUGCUACCCAUGUGGAUUCGGCCCCUGUGGACCAUGUGGAUGUGGUACUUGUGGCCCCUGUGGAUGUGGACCUUGUGGCCCUUGUGGAUGUGGCCCAUGUGGCGCUGGAUUCUGUGGACCCUGCGGAUACUCAUGUGGGUGUGGAUGCGGCCCUUGCGGAUGCGGCCCUUGCGGAUGUGGCCCUUGCGGAUACGGCCCAUGUGGCUGUGGUCCUUGCGGGUGUGGCCCCUGCAGCUGUGGCCCCUGUGGUGGUUGCUUCAGCGGUCCUUGCUACAACUGCCCUUGCCCACCGUUUCCCGUUUGUGGUCCAGUAUCGCCAGUAGGCUCCGAUGGCCCCGAUGGUCCUAUCUCUUCAACACUCAAAAAGUGUAUUAUCAACACUUGUGUGGCACCAGAAACACUCUGUAAAGAUAAUGAAGCCUGCUUCUGUGAUACCUGUCGUAGUGCAAGGGCAGCGUCCUCUGAAGCCCGAAAUCCAGAGAUUGUGACUGCGAAAUCUCUACCGAUACCGCCUCCUCCGAAAUGUGACAACAACCCCAAUGUAGUACAAGCAUAUCCCUUCAAAAAAACUAAACCGAAAAGGCAUAACCCUCUAACUCACAUAAGUGCUGUCUUCGCCCCUUUCUUCUCAUCAAAGAUUGAUAAUAUUGGAGCAGAAGAAGCAAUUAAAAAUAUUCAAGAAUUGUCCCUAAUCGACAAGCCAAAGAGAUCACCUUUAACUUAUCCAAGAACCUUUAUUAGAACAAAGUAA